AGAGGGUGGGAGCUGAUAUUGAUUGAUAAAUACAUGGAUGGAUACAGUGAGUCCUGGCUCUGCAAAUUUUAUUGCGCUGUCAACUCCUGUCGUUACUCUCUUUCGGGCCACCUCAACCACACGCCUCUCUCUCUCUCUCUCUCGGGGCAAAACCUCCGGGACCGAUAAAGUCGACAACAGCUUUGCAAUGGCAGAAACGAUUACGAAUCACACCAUCGAUCCACGAAGUGGCUUCUGCUCCGAAACCAAGACCUUCCACAGCCUCCGCCCGCAGGUGUUCAUUCCAUCGCCUUCCCAGCCCCUCUCUGUCCCGCACUACGUCUUCUCCCUCCUCCACGACUCUGCCCCCAGUUCCCCGCCGGACACCACAGAUUUCAUCAUUGACUCCGCCACCGGCCGCCGCCUCACUUACUCCGACUUCCUCCGCCGCACCAAGGCCCUAGCCUUCUCUCUGCAACGCUCCCUCUCCAAAAAUGUCGCGGCAUUCGUUCUCUCCCCUCCGUCCAUUCACGUUCCUGUCAUAUACUUCGCUCUCCUUUCGCUCGGAGUUAAGGUCUCUCCCGCUAAUCCGUUAUCCUCCGAGUCUGAGAUUGCUCGCAUGGUUCAGCUCAGCAAACCGGUAAUCGCUUUUGCUACCUCGUCUACGGCUGGGAAACUGCCCUCUCUCCCUCUCGGAACGGUCCUUAUUGACUCGUCGCAGUUUGAGGCCAUGUUGAAGGUUCCUGAAAAGGAAUGUAAUCUGGACCAAGUUGUCAAAGUGGAGCAGUCAGAUUCGGCGGCGAUACUGUAUUCCUCUGGCACGACAGGCCUAGUCAAGGGCGUCGAGUUGACUCACCGUAACUUCAUCUCUUUGGUUGCCGGAUUCUACUAUAACCGGCGACAGCGUGAAGACAACGCUCCGCAUCCGGUUGCGCUGUUCACGGUGCCGUUGUUCCACGUGUUUGGUUUCUUCAUGCUGAUUAGGGCGGCUGCCUCGGGUGAGACUCUGGUUCUGAUGGAGAGGUUUGAUUUUGAGGGAAUGCUGAGGGCGGUGGAGAAGUACAGGGUGACUUACAUGCCGGUGUCGCCGCCGCUCGUGGUGGCACUGGCCAAAUCGGAGCUGGUGGCGAAGUACGACCUCAGCUCGCUUCAGAUGCUCGGAUGCGGUGGUGCGCCACUUGGGAAAGAGGUAGCCGAGAAGUUUACAGCACGAUUCCCCGGAGUUGAGAUAAUUCAGGGAUAUGGUUUAACUGAAACUGCGGGAGUGGGAACAAGUAUGAUCGAGCCGGAUGAAGGUAAGCGAUAUGGGUCUGUCGGUCGCGUAGCUGAGGGCCUGCAGGCCAAGAUAGUUGAUCCUGUUACUGGUGAGGCCUGCCCUCCUGGACGACGAGGGGAGCUAUGGUUGCGAGGACCCUCAAUAAUGAAAGGUUAUGUUGAUGAUGAUGAAGCCACUGCAUCAACAUUGGAUUCAGAUGGCUGGUUGAAGACUGGUGAUCUCUGUUAUUUUGACUCCGAUGGUUUCCUCUAUGUUGUUGAUAGAUUAAAGGAAUUGAUAAAAUAUAAAGCAUAUCAGGUUCCCCCGGCUGAGUUGGAAUAUUUACUUAUGUCAAAUCCUGAAAUUGCUGAUGCUGCUGUAAUUCCAUGUGACAGUUUAAUGCAUGCACUACUGGCUUGUGUUGUUUCUUACUGGUGUGAUCUGAAUUUCAGCUUCAUGCUAAAAGUCCCCCAGUCUUCUUCUCCUUGCUUUUAGUUGAAUGAAUUAGGUGAGACUUGGAAUGAUCCUCGCCCUGAACCUCACAAAGCUUGGAGCCUUGUGUAUUACGAAUGUCCUUUUUUUGGCAGACCAUUCUUACCAUGUAAUCUCUAUAUUAGUCUGUAUUUUAUUGUACCUAUAAAGAUACGUGCUUUGAGGACACAGGAAAAUUUAGGAAAAGUUGUAUUCUCGCUUAUAAUUCCCAAACUUUGUCAUAUAGCUAAAUGUGCUAAUGUAGCAAUAUCAAGUUAGAUUUGUGCAAGAUUGGAAAUUAUUGCUUACGAGUUUCAACUAAUAUGACUUUUUUUACAGCACAAAUCCCUAUUCACUCCUUUUUUUUUUCUUCUGCAAUGAUUUAUUUAUUUAUUUUCAAUUUUUUAUUAUUGCUUAAUAACACGAUUCUAAUUAUUCAUGAGCUAGGUUUUAUGAGAUCCAUCUAUAUAUGUUUUUCUUAGUAGACAAACACGAGUUUUUUUACCAUGUUUGUUGCGUAUUUAUCUGACAUUAGACUUGGUUGUUUUGACUCUCUAACGCAAGUUCGUAUUUGAUAUAUUCUUUCAAUUUUCUUUCAAUUUAUCUAACAUGGAUUUGCUUUCUAAAUGUGGUACUUAUUUUUUGGAUAAGUAAUAAAGAAACACUAAAAGAACCACCUUAAGAGGAGAGAGAAGGGUGGGGGGACCCUGUACAAGAAAACCUGAUAAAAAAUUACAAAGUGAGCUUUCAAGUUGUAUGAAAGACCCAAAGAAAAAGGUACAACCUUCACCAUGAAGACAAACUAAAAUGGUUAAAAUCCUUCUCUCAACACUUUCCUAUUUCUCACACCAAAUAUGCCACGCACAAACGGGAGGUCAGUUCAGAAACUCUUUCUACCUCCUAAUUGGGCAAGCACAACCCCAAGAGUACAAAAGAUCCUUCAUACAAGACGAUGUUACCCAGUGGAGAACUCAAUGAUCUAUUGACCCCCAUCCUUUUACAAAUAGCACCAAUUAGUUACAAUUUGACCCCACUUCCUCAGAUUUAGAUGUUUAAAAUGGCUCCAAGCGAACUAGUCCAAAAAAAUAAAAAUAAAA